AUGUUCGUCCAACAACUUUGGGCCAAAAACAUCUCAUGGGACGAAGAACUUUCUCCAAAAGACAGUGAGUGGUGGAUGGAAUUUCGAAAAGAGCUGGGCCUCCUCAAACAGCUUGAUAUUCCUCGUCGUGUUCUAUCAAAUCCAGACCGCAACUACCAGCUCCACUGUUUUUGUGACGCCUCUGAAAAGGGCUAUGGCUGCUGUGUUUAUGUCGUUGGUCCUGAUGGAGAGGAGCAUCUUACCAGCCAUCUUUUGGUUACCAAGGCUCGAGUUACCCCAUUGCGCGGAUUGUCGGUGCCACGUCUCGAGCUCUGUGCAGCGGUGGUUGGAAGUCAAUUGGUGAACAAAUUACGAAAUGAGACGGACUUCUCGGGACCAGUUACCUUUUGGACAGAUUCGACAGUAGUGCUGUAUUGGCUUCGUGCUCCGCCGUCCAAUUGGAAAGUGUUUACCUCUAACCGUAUCGCCGAGGUGCAACGACUCACCAAGGGUUCCGAAUGGCGACAUGUUCCAACGGAACACAACCCAGCUAAUCGCAUUUCACGUGGGAUACGCCCUAGUCAAUUAAGGGAAGAUAUCCUAUGGUGGUAUGGGCCACAAUUUCUCAAGCAUCCGGUUACCUGCUGGCCUGAAGCACUGCCUAACUCUACGCCCUCUCGGAUCUCGGAAGUAAAUUCCGAAGCACGCCAAAUUGUCGCAUUAAGCUGCCUGGAGGUCGAUGAUUCUAUUAUCUCCAAAUUUUCCGACCUGGGGAAGCUCUUGAGAACAGUCGCAUGGUGCAAGCGAUUCUCUUACAAUAUACGAAGGGAGGCUAAGGAACGUACCAUUGGCAGACUGACUCCAGCAGAAAUCGAAGGGGCUCUCAAAUCACUUAUUCGCUUGGCACAGGUAACUACUUUUUCCAGUGAAAUAAAUCAAUUAACUACUAAAAAUCAGGAUUUCAAACGUGAUGUCGUCAGUGAUUCUAAAUCGCCUCUUAAGAAUCUCAAUAUUUUCCUCAAUGACAAUGGGUUACUUCGCCUGGAUGGUCGUUUGGCAAACAUGGAUGGUUCAUAUGAUACAAAGUUCCCCUUGUUGCUCCCGGCAAAACAUCAUUUGAGCUGGUUAAUUGCUCGAUCAUUGCAUCUACGUACUGCGCACUCAGGGCCAUCACUACUGCUUUCAACGAUUCUGGCCUUUACGGGGGAGGCAAUUAGUGCGUCGAAUCGUUAG